AUGAGUAAAGAGCCUGAGAAAGUUCCACCUGCUCAGACUCUGCAGACACAUCCAGUCGUCAUGAUGAAGCUGACCGUGCUGCUGUGUGCUGCUCUGCUCCUCACUGUUUUUGCAGCUGAAGAGGAUGUCUACAGCAAAACUGGAGAUGGAGUAAUACUAGCUCAACCACGUGAGCCCCAGUGCAGCAGGUUCGAGACAGGAAGUUGCACUAAAGAGUAUGACCCAGUAUGUGGCUCUGACGGGCACACAUACAGCACCGAGUGUCUGCUGUGCCAGUACAACAGAAAACAUAAACAGCAGGUGAAGGUGGUGAGACAUGGCCCGUGUGUGUGAUAGGGCCCAUGCUUGCGACAGGGACCAUGCAUCUGACAGGAGCCUCUCCCUCAGGACUGACAGAGAUGUCAGUCUGAACUAUUAAA